UCCUGCAGACGAUCGGCGGCCGCUUUCGCGCGCCCCGGGAGCCCCCUCCGUGAGGCUUCUCAGCAGCAACAGCAACAGCGGCGGCCUCCAUUUCACGGAACGACGACGACGUCGUUGUCGUCGCCACCGAGGAAGGCUUUUCAUCGAAGAGCCCAAAAAAAAUCGCUUCGCCAAGAACCAAGCGACGCCUCAGAGCGGUGGAUUUGGGGAGCAACGCGAGGCGAUUCUUGGCCCCGUUGCAGGCCACCGUGCUCGCGUUGUGGUUCGCGUCAGGCAGCAGCAACAACAGCAACAACAACAACAGCAGCAGCAGCAACAACAGCAGCAGCAACAACAACAACAGCAGCAGCAGCGAUCCGUCGCUUGAUUAGCGAGAACCAUCCGCUUGGUCAUCACCAACCCCCACCCGGUCUGGACUAAGGAAACCCUCGGCCCCCCGCGGAGGGAAAGGCCGAGCGAGCUGGGCCCCGGCGAACGGGAGUGUGGUGGGGCUUGGCGUACGCUUGUUGCGGCUCGAAGCGGACGAAGCGAUGGCACGCGAGUACAAGCCCGGCGACCUGAUCUUCGCCAAGAUGAAGGGCUACCCGCACUGGCCGGCACGGAUCGAUGAAGUGGCAGAGGGAGCGGUGAAGCCACCGUCCAGCAAGUACCCCAUCUUCUUUUACGGCACUCAUGAAACGGCCUUUCUAGGUGUGAAGGAUAUAUUCCCAUAUAUCCAGACCAAGAACAAGUAUGGCAAGCCCAAUAAGCGCAAGGGCUUUAACGAGGGCCUCUGGGAGAUUGAGAAUAACCCCAAUGUCAAGUUUUCCACUCUCAAGCAGAGUUCAGCCCCGUCGGAGAGCGGUAGUGAGGCCAGCGAAGCGGAGGGCAGUGAGCCGUACGGGGGGCAGCCGUCCCCGCCGGUGAGAGACAGCAGCGAAGGAGAGAGGGCGCCAUCGGACCUGGAGGAAGUGGACGAUCCUGGCACUCAGGAAAAAGUCCCACCACCGCCUGCCAAGCGCAAAAAACCUGAAGUCGUCUUGGACGUGCCAGCCAAACGAGUGAGGCGCUCAUCUAGCGAGGAGGCAGGAGCUGCGGAAAGCGGUGCGGAGAUGGAGGAAUUCCCCGUGGCUUCUCGGAGCCCCUCGGGCUCGGAGUACGAGGAGGAGAGCUCUCACGACUCGGACAAGGGCAGCGACGAGGACUUUUCCCCAGAGCGAGUGAAAGGGGCGACGCGGGGUGGCCGAGCGAGCAGCGGCCCAGCGCGUGGGGGAAGGAGGAAGAAGUCAAAGUCCGUGUCCGAAUCUGAAUCGGAGGAAGCAGACGAUUCCAGCGCUCACGAAAAGGUUCCGUCGCCUGAGAAGUCUCCGAAACCUCGUCCAGCCAGCUCGGAGAGCGACUCGGCCGAAGAGCCGUCGCUCGAGGUUUUUACAAACCCCCCUGAGAAAGUAGUUGAAAAGAAGGCUCCAGCAAAGCCUCGUCCCAGGAAGGUGGAGAAGCCGCCAUCACCCGUCUCGUCUGACUCCAGCAGCGAGAGCGACGACGGGGACCGCGUGAGCGAGUGGAAGCGGCGCGACGAGGCGCGGCGACGCGAGCUCGAGGAACGCCGGCGUCGCCAGGAGGAGGAUGAGCUGCGCAGGAUGCGCGAACGCGAGGAGGAGGACCGCCUCCACGAGGAGGAGGAGAAGAAGAAGGAGCGGGACGAUGUCAAGAAGGACAAGAAGGGCAAAGAGGACAAGAAGGGCAAAGAGGACAAGAAGGGCAAAGAGGACAAGAAGGGCAAAGAGGACAAGAAGGAGAAGGAGCCCAGGAAGGGGAAGAAGGAGGAAGUGAAGAAGAAGCCAGUGGAGAAAAGUCGACCGAAGCCUUCCUCGUCCUCCUCCGACUCCGAGGUGGAGGUGAAGAAAGAGAAGAAAGAGAGCGCUCCUCGUAGGGCGCCGCCCAAAAGGCAGCCCGACCGCAAGCCGGCCAAGGAGAAGAAGCAGCUGAAGGAAGAGGAGAAGGAGCGCAAAAAGCAGGAGAAGCUGCAGCUAAAGAAGGUGGAGAAGAAACGAGAAAUAUCCAUGGAGCAGCGGCUCAACAAGCUGCACGUGGAGAUGAAGCUUUCGCUGAGCUACGCCAACCCCGACAUUGCCAAAUGUUUACAAUGCAUGGAUGAGCUGGGUUCCCUAAAGCUGACGGCCCAGUUGCUGCACAAACACCAGGACCUCGUCGCCACCCUGAAAAAAGCGCGGCGAUAUAAAGCGAACGAGGACGUCAUGAAGAAGGCGACUUUCGUCUACAACAACCUGAAGAACGCGUUCGUGGGCCCCGGCGGUGGCGAGAGACCGCCGGGCCGACCCAGCGGGGAUCGGCUCAGCACCGACACCGCUCCGACGGCGGCCGAGGACGGAGCGGAAACGCCGCAGAAGAAAAACGACGCCGGUGGAGAAGACCUGAGUGUGAACGGGGCAAUACAGAAGCAAGACAUGGAUGCGAGGGAGGAACAGACCCAAGAUGCGAUGAAGUCGGAGCAGCCCAAGGAGAGCGCCCAUCCAACACCAGCAGGCCCUGUCGAGAAGUCACCUCCCGUUGGCCCAGAUGUCGCCACAUCGACGGAACCUGCGAACGGGAGCUGAGAAAACCGUGUCGUCUGCAUUGCAACAUUUGGCUUCGUCGCAGUUCCCUUGACAUCACGCAAAUCGCACGCAGUCAUGCGCACAACACUCGCGCGGUAUACGCGCACGUGACGCACACACCUGCUCGCCGCUCUCCAGCCUCAACCUUAAUGCUAGGUGUGCGCUGCGCGAUAAUGACAAGCACUGUGGCAGGCAAUGUUGCUACCAUGGUCCUGUGCAGGGUGGGGGGUGGGUGGGCACCAUUGUACAGCCACAUGGUCUUUGGAAAAAAAAGUGUAGAUUUUCCAUUGAGAACACAAUUAUGCAGAUUGUGGGUUUAUUGUACUCGCCUCUUAUCAUUGUGGGGAACUUGUUGUCCAUUGUCCUUCUGCAGGCAUUGUCAAAAAGCCAGCUUCUCCCACGUGUGCAGCAGUGGUUACUAAUUCCCAAGGAGCUGCUCUCCACUAAUGGCAACUGUGGUCCCACAUGUACAGGAGGGCAGGUUUAGCGCAUUUGUUGGCAGUCAAGAGUCAAGUUGCUACUGUAGUUUGUAGUCCGUCUUUAAUUCUACCCAUUACCGUUAUUUCGUCGGUACUUAUAUGAAGUGCGCCUUAAGAAGUGUGGACGUGGGUAUUUAGAAGCCACUGCUGUGACUAGACAAUAGAGAGACAGAGCGGGCCGAGAAUAUAGAAGGAGGCUUCUUCAAUGUGCUUCAUUAGCCCAGCUGUGACGUGUGGUGGGUUUUUUGCAACCUGUGUUAAAGUGGAAUGUCGCUGAGCUGAUUACUGUGCAGUCUCCACCUCUCCUUGCAUUGGGAGAGCCCCCCUACAUCUUUAGUGGCUUCCCAACUCGUGAAAAAGUUCCAUCAAAGCACAAGUGUGUGAUCAAAUAGCGCUAAAAGUUGGGCUGUAAACUGUGGAUUGUUCACACCUCUGCGAACCAACAGGUGCCAUUUAUGACCCUUUUUUAAUACCUUAUGUAUUUGAUAACUCUUUGGACAAGUAAAAUUUAGUCUUUAACGGUUUUAAAAGCGUACACAUUUAAAAUUGUGAGUGGGGUGUGUCGCAAUGCCGGGGGCAAAGUGAGGCUGUGGCGGCUGGCCAUUGAGUUGUGCCGUUUAACAUCGGUACAGGCUUCUAUGGAAGUGGCUGAUGCAGAAAAUAAUCUUCGUAAAGCAUCCGCCAAUGCUGGAAUUAAAGCCAGUUAGUCUGGUAGAGACAGACUGACAGGGCGACCUGUGUGAUAUCUCCUGGAAUUCAUCGGAAUCCCAGGCUUGUCGAAGUGAAUUGUUGCAGCAGCUUAGCCAGUGAGUCCAGGAUUUCCCGCUCGCUACCGUGUGUAUCCUUGCCAAGGCCACCAGCUUCUCUAGUUUAGAAUUGCAGUUAUUGUAGGCACCUCGGACUGGCAUUUCAGGUCUCCCUUAUGUUAAGUUUUGUAUGAAUGUACCAGUGUGUAGCGUAUUUCCGAUCUCCCAACGUGUCCCUCCGCUUUGCAACGCCGUGUGCACACGUUAUUGUUACUGAUAAGAGAGUAGCCUCGAUAUGGUUAUGGGCUGCAGACGCUCUCCGUUUCACACAACACGCACACGAUUAGCAGGGGUUUUUUUUUAAAGACAUUUGAAAUGAAUUGGAAAAAAAUAUAUCUGUGCUGUGCAGACUGUGUUAUGCCAUGCGUGGAUUAUACUUCCAAAUGGGUUAAUUUUAUGGUCUAAUUGGAUUGGCCAUUGAUAAUGUAACUCUUGGCUGUUUAGAUGCGUUGGUUUGUUAUUUUUAAUAAUUAUUUUAUAUGUUGAGCAGUCUUAGUUCUGCAGCGAAAAUAAGUAGGAACCUCUAAAUACCUUAAAAUGACCUGUGGUACGGUGUUAUAGUGAGGCCAGGGAAUUCAGAUUUAAGAACGUUAUUGAUGCGCUGUUCAUUAAGCGUUACUGCCUGCAGUUAAACGUGCUGACAGCUAAGAGAUGCCUCCUUUCAAUAUAACAAGCUGACCAAAGAGAAGGGUAAGAUAGAACCAGUUUGGUUGGCUGGAAUCUGUAUCUUUAGGAAGUUUUAGUCGUUAACCCAUUGAGUUUUUUUUAGAUUUUCCAUAUAAAUUGGUGUAAAUGAGUGUGCCACAUAACACAUGGCCCAAAUUAUCAAAGAUCAAAAGCAAUAAAACGGACAUUUCUCACCAUAAUCUGUUAAAAUCCAAACGUGUUCAUAUUUUCUUGCCGCUGCUGGUGUGUGCAGUCAAGCGCACAGCACAAGCGGUGUUGACAGGGCACGUUUCCACUUUUAUAUUAUGACCUGUUCAAUAUCAUCACGCCGUUACUUCCCUGGUUAUAAGCAGCACCAUCGGUCCUCAAUAUAAUAACAAUGUCUGCAAAUCGUGUUGAUCUUUGACAAUGUUCUACCAUGUUUUAUAUCACUGGUGGCUCACUGAGCAUCCCGUUUCUCCAAGGGUGCCGACUGACCCUCCCAAAAGUGUGCCCGUUCACGUUGUCUUGUUAGAGUGUUUAAUGCAUUUGGAGAAGGCAUCCUUUCCUAAAACAGUUUUUUAGGAAGCCCCGUUUGUUCAAAUAACACCUGCCAUCAACAGGUUUUACCCUGAGACCAGUGUCUUUUUCAUUGCAAGGCCCCGAAUGCACCCCAUCGUGCUGUCAAAACUCAAUGGUUUCAAAUGUGCGGCGGUCGUCGCACUGAUGUCUUAUCGGUGAAAGUGCCACACCCCCCACGAAAAUGAGUGUCCCUCCUCAAGCCCUGCGGGUUGUGUACGGGUUAUUUCAUCAUCUUCACACCGUUCAGUGCGGGUAAGUGAAGGCAGGGCGCAUAGACGUUGGGAGCAUUGCACAGGACAAUGUAUUUUGCUCCACCGUACCCAGUUGGCAACGCAGCCCUGUGAGUAAAGCAGCAGUGGUGGCAGGCAAUUUGUCAACUGUAUUUCUCUGGCCAUGUGAACAUCUUCCAGCAGAAACCGAGGUGUAUGAAGAUACUUCAAAAUAGGUUUAAGUGUAAGUGACGCUAUGUAAAUAUGUGCCAGACUUAAACAUUUCCUACUCUUCACAAGUUGUGUUUGUGUGCCUGUGUUUUGACUAUACAAUUCAUUAAAACAUUGUUGGACUUUU